AUGACCACGUCUGUCCCUGCUUCCACCCUGGCAGAUGACCUGGACGCGUUGCCCAAAGCUGCAACUGUCAUUCUCCUUUCUGGAAAGAAUUCACAGACAGGAAAGAAGGAGCAAGAUCCACCAUUCCUGUUCCAACUCAGUGACCUUCAAGAUGCGUUCCGUGGAAACGCCCCCCAACCAGGCUGUGAGCUGAAUAGAGGUGAGCUGGUUUUUGGGCAAAGAGGGAAUGGGGCUAUGUUAGUGUUACAGCAGGAUUCAAAGAAGGCAAUUGUUUCUCACAAUGUCUCUGGACAACAUGAACCAAUGUAUGCUGCUACCGCCUGGAGGGGAGACUGGCAGGUUGAGGUCAAGGUCAAGGAUAUUGUGCUGUGGAUUGAGCCGCCACUUGAAGACAGCGAUGAAGAGGAAGAGGAAGAGGAAGAGGAAGAGGAAGAACAAUGAAUGUGAUGUAUUAUACCCUGUUUUCAAGCCCAGGUCUUCUGACAAAAUCCUACACAGCACAAUAUCAGAGACCCAAC